AUGAAAGGCAAUCACUACAGCUGCCUUAUCUUUCUUCAGUUGCUCCACAUAAUUUCUGCUGAAAUGGACACCAUAGGUGGAAAUGAGUACAUAAGAGACGGUGAGACCAUCAUCUCAAGCGGUGAAAUGUUUGAACUGGGCUUUUUUAGCCCUGGAAAUUCAAAGAACCGAUACUUGGGGAUAUGGUAUUACAAGAUAUCUCAGACAGUUGUUUGGGUUGCCAACAGAGAAAUACCACUUAACAAUACAUCUGGUGUGUUCAAAGUCAGUAGCCAGGGAAGUUUGCUGCUCCUCAAUGGUGAAGGCCGAGACAUCUGGUCAUCGAAUUCAUCUGUAUUGGUCGGGAAUCUUCAUCCAGUGGCACAGCUUCUAGAUAAUGGAAAUCUUGUUGUGAGGAAUGAAAGUGACAUUGACCACUUAAAUCUCAUCUGGCAAAGUUUUGAUCAUCCCUGUGACCAUAUUUUACCAGGAAUGAAAUUUGGGAAGGACUUAGUCUCUGGCAGAGACAUAGCAUUGAGUUCAUGGAAGAGUCUGGAUGAUCCUUCUCCAGGUCUAUAUGUAAAUUGGAUGGAUACAAAUGGAUACCCACAGACAUUUAUAAGCCGGGGUUCAGUCAUACAAUAUAGGUUUGGACCAUGGAAUGGUCUUAGUUUCAGUGGCUUUCCAAGAGAGAUGCCUAAUCCAUUUUACACAUAUGAAUUUGUUGUGAAUCAGAAGGAGGUAUAUUUCAAAUGGGAACUUAUCAAUAGUUCAUUUCGUUCAAGGGCUUAUCUAAGUCCACAAGGCCACCAGGCACGUUUGAACUGGGUUGAUCCCAUACAAGCUUGGAUUCAAUAUGCGGCUAUUACUGUUGAUAUGUGUGCACAAUAUGGGAAAUGUGGUCCAAAUGGAAUAUGUGACAUUAACAAGUCCCCUAUAUGCAGUUGUAUUGAGGGUUUUGAACCACUACACCCCGAAGAAUGGAAUAUAGCAAACUGGUCGAGUGGGUGUCAACGUGAAAAGCCUUUAGACUGUAUGAAUAGGGAUGGAUUUCAGAAGAUUACAGGUGUAACACUGCCAGACUCUCGAAAAACAUGGUACAAUGUGAGCAUGAGCCUUGCAGAAUGUAAAAGAGAAUGCAAGAGGAAUUGCUCUUGUACAGCUUAUGCGAAUUUGGAUGUUAGAAAUGGCGGAAGCGGAUGUUUGCUAUGGUUUGGAAAUCUGAUGGAUAUCAGAGACUUUGAGGAAAAUCAAGAUCUUUACAUAAGAAUUGCCAUGACUGAGUCAACUGGCUGGAGCAAGAAAAGAAAAAUCAUAUUGGUCCUCUUGACUUCUGUUGGCGUAGUUCUUGUUGGUCUGACAUUAGCAGUACUGUAUGCUUAUAAGAAAAAAAAUUCCCCAAGACCAGGUAAUCUGGUACAAUCCCUUGUUGAUGAUAUUUAA